UGUAUCCAUAUAAACGCUGGGAUGGGAUUCCCAGUGCCUCUUCCCGGCAGGAGGAGGGAAGCCAGCUCCAACAUGAGGGCAGCUCUGGCCCUGCUGCUGCUCUUGGCCACCGCACGUGCAAUACACCGAGGUAAAGCUUAUGUCCGGGAGAAAGUCUGCCAGGAGUACAGGAUGCUGGGGAAGGAGAACUUCCGAACCCUGACCAUCAUCGCCAACAGCCGGAAAUACUCCAAUGGCACCUUCGAGGAGAUCGGCCACCUCGUCCGGGAAAUCGUGUCCCUGGCUGAGACCUGCUGUGCCGACGGCGCAGACCCCUCCUGCUACGAUGCCGGGUCCUCGGCCCUGUCGGUCAAGUCCUGCAGCGCGGACUCGCCGUUCCCGGCGCAUCCCGGCACGGCCGAGUGCUGCACCCACGAGGGGCUGGAGCGCAAGCUGUGCCUGGCGGCCCUGCGGCACCCGCCCCAGCCACUGCCCCGCUACCUCCAGCCCUCGGACCAGGAGCUCUGCCAGGCCUUCAGGAAGGACCCCCGGGAAUUUGCGGACAGGUAUCUGUACGAGUACGCCAGCAGCUACAGCCAGGCGCCCCUGCCUGUGCUCCUGGGCUCCACCAGGACCUUCCUCUCCAUGGUCUCCACCUGCUGCAUCUCCCCUGCACCCACCGCCUGCUUCCUGAAGGAGAAACUGCAAAGAAAAACCCUCUCCCUCCUCACCUUGAUAUCAAACCGGGCUUGCUCCCGCUUCUCGGUGUACAGAAAGGACAAAGUCACCUUCAGCUACCUGGCCUCGCUGGCUCAGAAGGUGCCUGCUGCUUCCUUCGAGGACCUUUUCCCCCUGGCCAAAGGCGCUGCUGAGGUGUUUUCCCAGUGCUGCGACUCUGUGGCUGAGGACUGCAUGCAGAAGAAGCUCUCGGAGCACACGGCCAAAGCCUGUGCCACGCUGUCGGCCCAGGACGGACGCUUUGCCGACUGCUGCAGGGGGAAAAACCUGAUGGAAAACUAUUUCUGCAUCCUGGCCUUGCCCCCUGCGCCCGCUCCCAAACUCCCAGAGGCACCGGAGCCAACCAACAAGGAGCUGUGUGGCAAGGAGGGGGAUCUCCAGACCACCAGGUCCCUGUUCGAGCUGGCACGGAGGCACCCCAGCCUCCCUGACGCCGUCCUUGCCAAGCUCUAUGACGCCUCGGAGAAAAUCAGGGAGGAAUGCUGCUCAGCCAAGGACCCCUCUGCCUGCCUGGACAGCAAACGCCAGCAGAUGGGAGCAGAACUGCCCCCCGUCCUGGAACGGGCCAGCCAGCUCUGCGGGCAGUACAACGAGCUCUAUUUCCUUGACUUCAAGAAGAGGCUGCGGGAAAGCCUGACACAGACGUUUCCCGAGGCCAGCGCGGAGCUGCUGGAACAGAUGCUGGAGCAGCGAGUCUCCUUCGCCUCCACCUGCUGCACCCCGGACGCGCCUCCGCUCCUUUGUGCUUCCAAGGUGAGCUCGGAGCUGGGAGAGGUGUGCAAGCAGGAGUCCUGCCUCCUGGGAUAGGGGCCCCGAGGGAGCAGCUGGUGGGCGUCCGGUGCCGACGGCAGGGAUCGCUUCUCCAGGCACUCACGGAUGGAGCGGGAUCGCGAGGCAAAGCUCGGUGGAUACGCGGGAAUGUGGCACGUCGGAAGGGAGCUGGGCUGGAGGAUUCCCAGCAGACAGAAGGUGCCACCAAGCCCCACGGUUCCCUACCCACCCACCAGCAACACCCCCCUUGUAUUCCUGCAGCCAAAAUAAAGAUGAAAACAGUCUCCUCGCC